UAUGGGACACAUACUCAACGUCAGCAUACAUACCACCCAAUAAAAAUAAGACACGUGCAAGGGGUAAUACCACCAUACGCCAAAUGGAAUUGUCCCCCAAACCAUUUCAAUAGCCCGCCUGCCGGCUCCCUUUCUCUUGUCUCUCUUUUUGAAGUCAAAUAUCAUUUCAGAAACUUCUCUGUCCCUGUCUCAACAAAAAGCUCAGCUACGUUGUCGGGGAUUUCACUCUUUUUUCACUCAAAAUCUCGGAUGUGCCACUACCGUCAGUGAUUGAUGGGUAACUGUUGUGAGUCUUGUGACUCUGAUGAAGAAGGACCUCCGGUGUCGGGUAUCCCCCAUGGCGAUCCAGGAUCUCCGCGGCAAAGACUGAGAGUCGAACAAGUAAAGCAGCGUAGUCAGUGGGAGGAAUUUGUAGAUUGGCUUCGUCGGUGGUGGCAGGGUGAUAAUGAGUCGUGUGAUAUUGAGCGGUGUGAUAAUGAGCAUGGUGAUAAUGAGCAGAGUGAUGGUGACCAUAUUUAUGAGCAAAAGGUGCAAAUACUUGUGGAGAUGGGCUUUGCUGAAGAUGAUGUAAGAAGAGCUCUAAAUGAAAAUGGUUGUAAUGAAUUAUUGGCUCUGCUCAUGCUUUGCGUAUAGAAUACGAAUACAGAGGCUUAGUUUGAAUCUCUAAGUUCCUCAUCUAGACUAGGCCCUGAUUUUGAUGUCUUUUAAUUCUUUAUAUACCAUGUUUUUUUUAACCAUAUCUAUCUUCUGAUGUAACUCAAUCCAUGAGAGUGACAACUCACUUAUUGUCGAGCAACUUUUGCCGUGGGUAGAGUUACCAUAACUAUCAGUGCAAUUGAAGUGUUCAAAAUUGAAGAAUUAAUGUUUUGUGUUCA